CCCAAUAGUGGCUGUUAGGCACAACAGAUAGCGACAGCUACAGAUAGUGAUCAUGGGUAUGUCUGUCUCUCGACCCUCUCAAUGGCUCUAUCUGACAGGCAGCUGCCAUGAGGUGGGUCACACCUGGAAUCCCUCUUGCAUCUACUGCUCCUGUGAAAUUCUCCUGUUUGUAUUUCUAGGGGCAAUCAAGAUAUACCUUCCCCUCUACUUGCUCUCCAAUGUGAGACGCCUGGGUGAUCUGCGAUGGGUGCUAUUGAGUCUACUGCCCAAUGUGCUCCGAUCAGCUGUCUUCCUCUCCAUCAAUGGUGGAGGGUUUGUGGCCUUCCUCUGUGCUGUAAGGCGUCUAUUUGGUCGGUUCUACUUCUACUCAUCCGCUUUCCUCCCAGCAUUCCUAGCCUCUCUCUGUGCCAUUAUGGUCGAGAGAAAAAGCAGACGUGCUCUACUAGCUGGCUACGUCUCCUGUCUGUCAAUAGAGAUAGUGCACUCUGUACUCAAGUCAAAAGGAUUGAUCAAGAGUCUCCCAUUUGGAGAGGUACUGAUCUUCUCCCUGGCCUCAGCUGUUCUCCUGCAUAGACAAGGGACAAACAGGAGCUCUUCACAGGAUGGAGUGGGCUCAUUGCUGAGUGGUCUCUUCCGCCCCCCUGUUGAAUGUCCAAUAAACAUUUGCAACCCUAUCGUCACCAAUUUAGUGUGGGGUGGUGCGUGGGGCUUCUUCUGUGGCUACCUUGUUCAGUCACUUCUCUCUUUGCUCUCUUACUGGAAGAAGAUCAAGAACAAGACUGCAAGUAUCAAGGACUGGCUCGGUAACAAGCGCAGUGUCAAGUUUGGUCUCUUUUUGGCUUCAUUUGUCACUUGGUUUAAGCUGUCUAACUGGCUGAUGAUAUUGUUUGCUGUCCCUCGGAACUUAAGAAUGAUAAUCUCCGGUCUUAUUGCUGGUCUAUCAAUGAUAUUUGUGCGCAGUUCUGCCCUUUCACUGUAUGCUGGCUGGAAAGCAAUGGAGAUAGUUUACUUCAUGGCAGUAAAGAAGGGUUAUGUCAAAUCAUGGUACUAUGGCGAUGCACUGCUCUAUGCAUUCUCUACAGCUGUUGUUUUUCAUUCGGUGUUCUUUGAGGGUCAUCACGUUCGAGAAGCCUAUUGGAAGUUUAUGAUCGAUGUCACAAGAAGUAGACUCCUGCAUAUUCAAUUUCCAACUGUUGACCAUUUUGGAACUAAUUCUUCGAUCAGACCAAAUCAAUUUAUUCAAAAAUUGUCUUCUAGUAGCGAUUAGCUAUAGGGUUACAAGUGUGUGUGUGUGUGUGUGACUACUAGGAUGGAUAUGUGUGUGUACAUGCUCAUUUUUUGGUGAAAAUUAUAUUUAUGAUAAUUAA